AUGAAGCAAAAUGAUAAGAUCAUGUGUAUGUUAGAAGAGCAACAGAAAAAUGAUAUCAGAAACAUAAAUAAGGCUAUCAGUGAAUUUCAGAAGAAUUUUCAGAAGCCAGAAACAAGACGUGAAUUUGACCUGUCUGAUCCGCAAGCCCUAAAGAAGGAUAGACCUGCUCGACUUUCAGACAAUGAUCCUCGAUGUACUGUUUCUGGCUUGCAGAAGUUUAUGGGUGAAGACUUAAACUAUGAUCAGAGGAUGAAAUUUCAAAAGGAGCAGUUACGAGAGUGGUCUCUUCAACAACAGAGAGAAUUGAAGAAUGUAUUAGCUGAUCAAAAAUUUGCAGAUGAUCUUCAUGACAAGAAUAGGAUUGAACUUGACCAAAAGAUGAUGGAGCAACAACGAAAAGAAGAAGAAAACAGGCAUGCUGUUUGUGCAGCUACUAAGAAUUUCAAUAGAGCCCAGGCUGCUGAACUAGAAGACAGAAAGAAGUUGGAAAAGUAUCAAAAAAUGAAGGAUGACAUGGAUGAAAUUUCCAGCCUCCUUCAAGGAGACUUACUUUCUGAAAACCCUGAGCAAGCAGUCAGUUCUUUUGGUAGACAUCGUGUGAUCACAGAUCGAUGGAAGGGAAUGAAUCAGGAUCAGUUGAUGGCAAUCCGGUAUUCUCAACAGCAACAAGUUCAGGAGAACCUGAGACGAAAAGAGGAAGAACGCCAGAGAGAUGCUGAAUGGGACAGGCAAAUGAUACAGGCUGCAAGAGCGCAGUUGGUUUUAGAGCGGCACCAACAACGACAGAAUCGGGAACGCCGCCAAGCUUUAGAUAACAUAAAUGCAGACCUAUCUCAGGAGCAGAAAUCAAAGAACAUUUAUCUUAAAGAAGAAGCAUAUUCAAAUGUUCCAACAGACGAGUAUUUUGCACAGUUUAACACAACCAGCCGAUGA